CUCUAAUCCAAGUUUAUUCCAUCUCCUAUUUCCAUCUAUCCUAUCCUCCCUACCCCCAUCUCACCAUGCGAGGAGAACACUGCGUGCUCGGGGCCAGCGCCCUCACCUUCGUCUCCGUCAUCCUCCUCAUCUUUGCACACAUCGGCCAGGUCUCCUCAGGGCCCCUCGUCAAGUCCAUCUACAUGGCCGAAGUCAACGUUGCUGCGUGAGUCCACUUCUGCCUUGUGGCGCUCGCUGCUUGCAUGUCCGUGCAAGGAUGCCCCAGACGCGUCAAACAUCGCAAACAAAAGCGAAAGCGCGUUUCCCUGACCGGCGAUUAUAGUUAUGGGAACGGUCUGGCAGGUGCUACCAAUACAAGCGCUGGCGGUCUUUAUGACAGCAAAGACGAGAAUAUGGGCAAGUUCAAGGGGUUGCGACAGUUCUACAGGUUUGGCAUGUACAACGCCUGUGGGUACCAGAAGAAUGCCGCCAGUGGUAUCUGCAACUCUUCCACUUUCGCCUACCCCAUGGAACCUCUUGGCAGCUUGAUCGGCGAUGUUCCUUCCAAGUUUAGAAUCCAGACUGUCGACAUCAUUCCCUCGUCCACUUUCAAGCAGAAUGGCUACAACCAUGCUAUGACCAGGGCUGCCAGUGCAUUGAUCUUUGUCGGAUCGGUCGGUGUGGCUCUCGCGUUCAUCUUUGGUGUCAUCAAGUUCCGCCUCACAUUCUUUGUCGCGUCCGUUUGUGCGGGUGUCGGUGCAUUCUUGCUCAUGAUUGGUGCCGCUUUGUGGACAGCAGUCAUUGCCAAAGACGCGUGGCUAAAAAAGGUCACUGUUCAACAUGGCUAUAAGCUCGGUAUAUACGUGACAGCCGGUCCUUCCCUCUAUCUCGUAUGGGUCGCUUUCGCCAUGACUGCCCUUUCAUGUCUGCCCUACGUGAUCGCUUGCUGCACAUACCGCAAAUAAGCACCCGUCCCUUCCCCUCACUUCUUUCACGAAACCACAUUCAUUCAUAUCACGGACUGUCCAUUCAUUCUUAAUCUUCGUUUGAUCUUUUGGGUAUCUUCUUGUGUACAACAGACGUUCGUUUUCAACUGGGCUGGUCCGACUUGAUGCAAUUCAUGAUUCAG